AUGUUUCGUUUAACAGUUCCUACGUUGAGAAGUAGGGGUAUAGUUUCUAGCACCCCAAAUUUGUUUAUUCGUACUUUGUCUGGAACAUCGCAAACCACUCCAAUUAACAAGCAAAUACCUGACUUAACACCAUUGAAAUUGGAUUCAAUCGGAUCUGAUAACUUAUACGCAAUUUUUAAACUUCAUAAUAUCCCAUAUUUGGUCACCAAGGGAGACAAGAUAGUGUUGCCAUUUAAAUUAAAAGAAGCAGAAGUAGGGGACCUGUUAAUAUUGAAAGACGUUGUUACAUUAGGAUCUCCAGAAUUCACAUAUAAUGAUGAUCGUGGAAUACCAAAGGAAUUAUUUGACUUGAAAGCAAAUGUCGUUGAAAUCACAAGAGAACCAUAUUACGAAGUCUACAGAAAGAAACAGAGAUGCAGAAGAUUAAAAACAUUUCCAGUUCAAAAUUACCAAACCAUUUUGAUGAUUAACGAAUUGAAGUUGAAAUAA